AUGGGUAAAGAUAAGCACCAGCCAACCGAUGCUGAAGUGAAAGUGGCGACUGUGGAACUUGAGUCGGUGGAUAAUAUGGCAACGUUACCCGUGGGACAGCACCGCCAGCAGGGUAGCGAUAUCGCAAUUGCUGAGAAGCAUAACAAUGCUAAUAAGGAGAUGGAGCUGAAGUGCGUCCAGCCGAAGCCGUCGAAGAAAACAUCUCUGUUCAUCAUCUCCAGCUUCAUCUACGCGAAGCUAUUGGUGGUUGUCUGCAUUGCCUAUGUCAUCAGCGAUGUGAUUACCCAUAACCUUCCCCUCUACUAUUAUGAGGGUUUCUUCACGUACCUCUACGGAAUGAGUAUUCUCUUCCUAUUGUACGUCUUCUGCUUCUUACUUCAAGAAAGUUCAUGCUGUAACGGAAGUCCUCCCAAGCCGAAACCACCGCCAAAGGAAAAGAAGCCGAAGAAAGAGAAGGAAAAGAAAACCAAAGAAACAAAAGAUGGUAAAGAUGGAAAGAAAGAUAAGAAAGACGGAAAAGCCAAGGACAAAGAUAAGGAAAUGGACAAAUCAACCAAAGAUAGCAAGAAACAAAGCUUCCAGGAGGUGUAUCCCCGUAAGAUGCGUGAUAAAGUUCGACAACAGGAAAUACAAAUGGCGCUAUUGUAUGCCUCCGAACAGCAACAAGACGUCGUGGAGCUAGAGGCAGGCCCUGUCGCUAGACCAGUACGCAGGCGCAAGACUUCGCAGAAUGAUCACAGCCAUGGCAGUUUCUUCCUUAGAAUAGGAGCUAUAGCUUUUGGUCUCGGAACAAUGAUUUAUAAUGGGCUGGAAUUCGGGACAUUCUUUGAACUACCGCUGACAUCUCCGUGUUAUCUAAUCUUGAAAGGAGUAAACCCCGUUUUACAAAUGGUUUUCACGUUCAUGCAGAUGUAUUUUAUUUUUAUGAAUUCUCGUCUAAACAUUCAUCGAUUCAAAGUUAUCGCUCGAUUCGGUCUGAUGCACGUGGUCGCAACUAACAUCUGCGUUUGGAUUCGCACCUUGGUACUCGAAUCUCUGAAGGAAAUCACAGACUACCACUUAAAGAAUCCUCAAGGAGUGUCCGGAGAAGGCGUACUCGGAAAAGCCAUUCGUAAGCAAACUUUGAGACAUGCUGGUCGUGUUCUUGGUGCUGUAACGACGGCUGCUACCACUGUUGCAUCUACUGCGACCACUACCGUUAAAUCCGCAGUAAUUACAGCAGCAACGUCUACCGCUUCGACCCCAACUACAACUCUAACCACCACUACUCAUGCCUCAUAUUACUUUGGUGGUGGUUUCACUCCUAAAUCAAAGUUCAUCGACGUAAUAAAGAGUACGAUAGGGUACGACAAGAAUCAAAACCACGGGCUUAGAGGUUCGUGGCCUAAUGAUAACCCGUUCACGACGUACGCAUCGAUCACGCCCGGGACGAAACCGACCCAAACUGAGACAGCCAUGUUGGAAGUAUUCCAAUGGCUGUACACUUCUACGGUGAAACCUAUUGUUAGUACGGUAUCCAAUUUGUUGCCCACGACCCAAGAGAGUUUUGGAUAUGAUAGAGAUGUUUGGGGCAAUAGUGUCGAAACUUAUCGUGUCGAUGAACCACCACAUUCAGCAGCGGACAAUGCAUCGGAAAUAUUUGAGUCUUUCGAUACCUUAAACCCGGCUGCCUUGAUCGCUAAUAUUGAUAAUACGAGCGUGUGUGGAAGGAAUCCGAUAAUGGGAACGAUUGUCAGUGACUCCGCGCCAUAUCUUUACCCCUUCAUCAUUGAAUAUUCUCUCAUCGGCGCCGCAGUUAUCUACGUCAUGUGGAAGCAUAUUGGCCGCUAUCCCGGAGUUGCCAAUGACGAAGAUCUGGAAAGACGUCUGGAGGCUGUUCUAUCCCGCAGGGCGGCAGCUAUGGCAGCGGCGCAACGCGGCAACCGGGUAGACUGCGCAGGCGCAUCAAAAGGCCUCUUCUGCGGUUUGCUGUUCUUGGUGGCAUCACUCAUCUGCUUGAUUCUCUUCUUCGUGCUGAUCAGACACCAAGAUUUCAAGCGUUUAUCGAUUUAUUUGGCGGAUGUGUCUCACUGCGCGCUGAUGGUGCUUUCUAUUCUGGCAAUUCUGAUUGGAUUUAUACGUGGUAGUAAAAUGAAAUGGAGCGCUGAUCCUCCCUCCUAUACCGAGCCUAUUCACAGGGUGCAAUCGUUGAAGUUCCGUUCUGAAGAGCAGUCGGACUUGAACGAUAUCCUCCUUCGCGUGUCGGCGUUUGGACUGUUCACAUAUGCCGUGUUCAGUGUGAUUGCUGGUGGAAUGGGAGCCUUCACCCACGAACCAAACCUUCUUGUAAUGAUCACCGGAUGCUUGAGCGUACUACAGGUGAUUCUUCAACUGCUCUUCAUUGCGGAUGUCUCCAGGCGUCGAGUACAUCUUCCAGAACAAGAGCGCAGCAAACCAGCCCGUCAAGCCGUCACCUUCCUGCUCAUCUGCAACGUAACCAUGUGGCUCAUAUACACCGUUGAGGCUCAGAAAGUUCUGGCUAACCCGGUCCAAUUGGACUUCUACGGAUUCGUCGCCUGGUCACUCGUACAACGAUUCACUCUACCCCUCUGCAUAUUCCAUCGCUUCCACUCCGCCGUGACCCUCGCCGAGAUCUGGAAGACCAGCUACAAAGCUCGACUUGAGUGA